AUGGACGCUUCUUCGCCGCUGGCUGCCAUGCGGCCGGCGCCCGCCUCCCCCUUUAACCAAGGCAGUGUCUUCGGGAAGCACCUGAGGGCGAACCGUCUUACUGGUACAUACAAGUUCCAGCGCAACAAUUCCGAUCUAUUCAAGUCCGUUCGGGGCUCCUCUCCCGCGGCGUCUCUUGCCGCCGACUUGUCGCAGAAUUUCAAGCUCAACGAUGCAAGCAGCCCGAUGUUUCCUACUCCGCGGCGCUCCCUCUUUACGACGGCAACGAUGAUCGAUGCCAGCGAGGGGCGUGACUACGCUACUACGCCGCCUCUGCCUGAGUCCCCAGCCCUCGAUGAUUCGGAUAUGAUGGAUAUGUCACCGCUGCCGCAAAAGGCUUCCCGUCUCGCCCAUGUCGAGCUGUCGUCUCCAACCCCCGGUGCCGACGAGAUGCUGCUGGAAUCCCCCACUCCGCAUACACAUUCCCUCGAUACAGUCAAGUCCGGCGCGGUCGACCGUCGAAAGUUGUGUCUUAAGCGCCCAUCUCUUCUUCGUACCAAGGGUCUCACAUCGAAUGGUCUGACAUCCCGUGCUCAUGGGGAUGUCCAGGCUCCUCCUUCGUUCCGGUUGUCGACCGGAGAUGACUCUAACAUAAGCACUUCAUCCUCCCCUAUGUCUUUGAGCGAGUGCUUUGAGGACUCCCCCCCGCAGGAGCAUUGCUCUCUGAACAUAGAGAGUCCGACCACUAUGGCUACUACCCGCGCCAGGGCUCACCUGAGCGCUCUUCACUCAGUGCGCGAUGGCUCGCCCAUUACUGCUCGUAGGAGUGCAAAUACCUUCGCUAGGACGCGCAGGCAGUACAGGCGCUCGCUCAGCAUGUUCGAAAACCCCGAAGAUAUAAUUAAGGGCAAAAAGGAUGGCCCUACUGCAGCCCCUUCAACUUUGCAGUCAAUCAUGGACAUGGAAGAACCCCAUCAGCUCAUCUUGCCUCACUUCUUUACCGAUGAUCCAACAGACACCAUCCCCCGUAUUACUCGUCAGACUUUGUUAGAUGUGCUGGACGGCAAGUACAGCCAACACUAUGACCAUAAGAUGGUCAUCGACUGCCGGUUCGAGUACGAGUAUGAAGGUGGCCACAUCGACGGUGCUGUCAAUUACAACGACAAAGAGCUGCUGGCAGAUCACCUGUUCCGUCAUCCUAUGGAGGGUCGCACCCUCCUCAUCUUCCAUUGCGAGUACUCAGCUCAUCGCGCCCCCAUCAUGGCCCGCUACAUUCGUUCCGAAGAUCGGAACUACAAUGCGGACAACUACCCGAAGCUCACAUACCCAGAGAUUUACAUCCUCGAUGGUGGCUACAGCUCCUUCUUCUGCGAGCACCGUGAGCGUUGCUAUCCCCAGGCCUACGUCGAAAUGAAUGAUGCCAAGCAUGUGAACACGUGUGAGCGGGAGAUGAGCCGCCUGCGCCAGCAACGCAAGGGUCUUAGCCGGGCUCAGACGUACGCAUUUGGGCAGCGCGGUCAGAGUCUUGACGAGUCUCCGACAGCCCUCGGCCGUGGUCACCGUGAUCGCGAAUUCUCCAAAUUGCUCGCCGCGUCUCCCCUUGGUUCUGAUCGAGCUGGCACUAGGCGUGUGGCUUCCUUCUAA